AUGACAGCUCCAGUUCGUGUACUACACGUUGUUCACUCGUUGCCCAUGUCUGGUUACAUGUCUGUGCUUGCAUCCAACACCGCACGAAGAUGGGAAGCGCAACUGCUGCUGGGUCUUGAUGCGCUUGCAUCCAACACCGCACGAAGAUGGGAAGCGCAACUGCUGCUGGGUCUUGAUGCGCUUGCAUCCAACACCGCACGAAGAUGGGAAGCGCAACUGCUGCUGGGUCUUGAUGCGGUCAUGCAAUAA